UACAGAGUCUACUGCGCAUGACAGGUAGUGUUGACAGUCUGGUUAGCCUUGCUCGAGUCAGUGCUACGCUGACAUUAGUAGAGCCGUCAUCAGAUUUCAGUGACAGCAUCCUUGGAGUGUUGAUAUCAGAGAAUUUGCAGCUUUUGAAAUGGCCGAGGUUGAAGAGACUUUAAAGAGAAUCCAAUGUCAGAAAGGCGUUCAAGGGAUUAUCAUUGUAAACGCUGAAGGCAUCCCCAUUAAAACAACCUUGGAUAAUGCAAGCACAGUUCAGUACGCAGGGCUCCUACACCAGCUACUUAUGAAGGCACGCAGCACAGUCAGAGACAUCGACCCCCAGAACGACCUUACCUUCCUGAGGAUCCGCUCUAAAAAGAAUGAGAUAAUGAUUGCACCCGAUAAGGACUACUUUCUCAUCGUCAUUCAGAACCCCUCGGAUUAAGAGGACCAUAUGUCAGACUCCCUUUUUACGCGUUCAUCAGUCUCAAUUAAAUGGGCAAAAGUAUUUUUUGGUUGUGUUUGCUGAGGAAUAGUAACGUGCAUGUGGCAAAAAAUGCACUUAAGCUAUUUGGCUUUCCAGGUUGAGCCGAAGGCCAAAAACAAAGCAGUCAGUUUUGCUGCCAUUACAAUGUCAUUUGCAUGCCAUUAUAUGGGAAUCUGUUAGCCUUUUGGCAUUUCAGAUUAAAUAUUGGCCUAAGAUUAGGAACACAGGGGUAAACAAUGUGUAGCCUUGAGAAGUCGUGCUCUUUGUGGAAGAACGUGUAUAGAGCUGCACCUCAGUAUUCUACAUCAUUCCAGUGCCAACCCGGUUUUAUUUAUCGUGCUUCCUCGACUAUUUGACCAGGUGUAAUCUACCUGCUUUCAGUCCAUCAUAUUUAUUCUUGUUUACUCAUGUUUAUUAUAUCAAAUUGCCAAGCAUCAGUAAAUAUAAUGAUUUCUGCCCAUAUAUUGUUGUGGAACACCACAUACAUCAGUGUUUAUGGCUGUUUCCGCGACAUGCUUCAUUUGGUGAGGAAAUAAAGCAGCAAAAGAGAAUAUUUUGAA